AAUUAUCGCAAUGGACAUGAAAAUGCUAUCCAGGGUCGGCAAGUCAACUGAUGAAAGAUACUCUUCCCUUAAGAACAAGAACCAAAUACUAUCAGGAGAAAGAAAGAAGUUUAUAGUCAGAUCCUCCUUUUUAAAGCCUAAAAAAGAUCCUGAUGCUAACUUCCUUGAGAGGAUCAGACUGAUCCAGAGCAAGAACUUACCUGAUCCAAAACAGUUGCUUACGAACAACAAAAACAUUAUGAAGAAAAAUGACAGCCCUAAGAAAAAUCGGAAACAUAGGAACUCUGUUGAUGACCUUAGAGGUAAACAGUCCAGUUUCAGGGCUAUUUCCAGAGGAACAUAUUACAAAAUCAAUAGCGUGAAGGACUUGCCACCUCCGUGUGGUUAUUACAAUAUCAACUAUGAACUAGUUGACAAGAGUAUUCCCACCAAGAAUCUGCAGCGAUAUCAACAAAGGAAGACACAAUUUUUAAUCAAAAAGGACAAUCUAGAUAUUGACUAUCCGGACAUAAAAAGACUAGACAAGCAGAAGGGAUACAUUGAUUUCAAAAAGAUUAGCCCAAGAGGAGCAUUUGAGACUCUCCAGGCAAAUACUCCUCAUGAAAAGCAAUUUGAUAAUUUUAACUAUUUCCCUUCGAUUUCCUCAAAAUCUGGCAAUAAAAUCGAAGCAAAUUUUACAACUUUAAGAUCAAGAGAGCCUAACUUCAAAAUAAACAUGACCCCAUCAGUAUACGAGCCAAACCAUGAAUUCCUCAAAAGCUCCUUAAGCAAAACCGGUAUCGCCUGGAACAAACUCCUGCCAAGGCCACCCAUAAUUUCCCCUAGGAAAGAAAUCGACCUAAACUCCUCGUCCAUCGACUUCGAUAAAGCCAUUGCUGCUAAAAUGAGUCUAAUGUCUCCAUAAUGCCACUUAACCCUU